GUUAAGUUGUUUAAAUCUUAAAUAAAAUAAUGUAUGAAAAAAAUGUUUCGAAUUUCAAGGACAACACUUGUUGCAUCUCCACACGAUGGCCUGAUUUAAAAUGGGAUUAUUAAUUCCUAUUGUGAUAGUGAUUACAACUUUAGCCGUUGGAUGGUUACUUCGUCGACAAUUUUUGGAACAUACCUUCUUAGCCAGAUACGGAAUUCCCGGACCGAAGCCUGAUCUAAUAUAUGGUAAUCUUUUGCAACUGAAAAAAGAUCGCGUAAGGGUAAUGUCACAAUGGAUUAAGCAAUAUGGAAAACAUUUUGGAUACUACAAUGGAGCUCAACCUGUUGUUGUCUGCAGCGAUCUGGAUACAUUGCGCCACAUCUUAAUCAAGGAAUCUGCCAACUUUAAUGAUCGUCCCGAAGGACCAAUUCAUGUUGAGCCCUUUAAAAGUUCGAUUAUCUUCCUCAAAGGUGAGGAAUGGAAGAAUGUCCGCAGCGCAUUGUCACCGUUAUUCAGUACCGCUAAGAUGCGGUUUAUGGCGGACAUCAUGUAUGGUUGCGUGGAAACGUUUGUGAAUAUCAUUAAAAAGAAAGCUCUGAAAAAGCAGACCUUUGAUAUGAAUCAUGUCGCUCAGGGUCUCACGUUAGACGUUAUUUGCAAAUACGCUUUAGCUAUGGACGUCGACUGUCAGCAAAGCGAGGGUGGUUUACGCUUACACGUCAAGGAGUUUUUUAAAAACGCCGAAAACGGUGCGGUCGAACUCAGCUGGGCCUUUCCAUUUCUCAUUCCUAUGUUUAAGGUGCUCUACAUGCUUUUCGCGAGCGGAGGACUUAUUAAGUCGAUUCUCGACAAUCUCUCGCUCGUUAUUCGUCUUCGACGGAGUGGAGAAGUUCCAAAGCAGCCAGAUAUGCUCCAGCUGAUGCUGGACACGCAAGAGACGAUGGGUCGACAAAAAAUGACCGACCAUCACAUUAUAGCAAACUCGUUCGUUUUUCUCAUCGCUGGUUUUGAGACGAGCGCAACUGCGUUAGCGUUCAUUACGCAGAUUCUCGUCGAAAAACCGGAAAUCCAAGAUCGGAUUAUGGAAGAGGUGAAACGACGCUUUCCUGAUCAAUUAUCCAAGGGGAAGAAACUAACGUAUGAAGAUCUUCACCAGCUAAAAUACCUUGACCAAGUAAUUCGUGAGUGCAUGCGAAUUUACCCUCCAGUAGUGCUUAUGGUGACACGCUACUGUCCACGCACGUGUACGAUCAACGGAUAUACGUUUCCUGGCGGUGCCCACGUCUUAGUUCCCGUUUACCACCUGCACCAUGACCCGAAACUAUGGGAUUCGCCAGAAGAAUUUCGACCCGAGCGGUUCGAAGUUGACGCCACUCGGCCAAUGCACCCAGUGCAGUUUGUAGCCUUCGGACAGGGACCUAGAAUUUGCAUUGGAAUGCGUUUUGCCCUGUUGAUAAUAAAAAUGACCCUGGUUGAACUAUUGAGAAACGUUCGACUGACGCCUGGGGAUGGUUUUCAGUCGCCGCCCGAACUUAUCGUUCCGAACGUGUUAAUCAAUCCAAAAGGUGGUGUACACGUUCGGUCAGAGUUGAUCUAGACAUUUAUUACAUGAUUAUUUUACGGGCCGUCAUGGAUUACGAACCGAGAGAAUAAAUUGUUUAGCUCUUAUCUGUGGAACACGGCGACGUGUGAUUGUUUUUAUGGCCAUCGAAUUUUUGAAUCCAAUUGACGGUACGCACAACGCUUUCACGAGCGUGGAAGAGUGAUUUUUUGAUCGUAGAUAGAAUUAUUUAUAGUUAUAUUAUUAUUAUAGCAAGCAACGAUUUUUAAUUCCAUGCCAGUCAUCUGUUUCUGCGAACUGCGAAUUUUCAUCUUCGGGGUCAAAGUGAAAACUUU